AUGAAGAAUUACCAUCAUUUCCGAGUCACUGGAUGUGAUGCUGUGCUAGGAUAUAUCCCCAACUCGGUAGUGGAGAAGUUCUUCUGGCCAGAGGACUGCUGGACUGUUGACUCCACGAAUCACACCGUGACACUGGUCACUCCGGCUGAUGCAACACCAGAGAUUCGCAGUCAAUUAAUCGCGAAGACCCUUGAUGAAGCAGUGAAGCGGGGCAGCUUCGAGGUCUUAAAGGGCUGGCGCAAUGAGAAGUAUCCGAUCUACGGCCCGGGAGGGAAAUUCCUUCUGGAUAUGGAACGGUCUGCAACUCCUCUAUUUGGUGUAGUGUCGUACGGUGUCCACUGCACUUGUUACGUGGAUGAUGACGGCGGUCUACGUAUCUGGGUACCCCGACGCGCGAAGACAAAGCAGACAUACCCGGGGAUGCUGGAUAAUUCCGUGGCCGGGGGUAUGAGCACCGGUGAACCACCAUAUGAGUGUCUGCUGCGUGAAGCCAUGGAAGAAGCAUCGCUUCCUGAAGAUGUCGUCAGGAACAAUUCCACGGCUGCCGGCUGUGUCUCGUAUAUCUACGUGCGAGACGCGCGAGCAGGCGGCGAAACAGGGUUAUUGCAGCCGGAGAUAGAGUAUGUCUAUGACAUCAAACUCAAAGCCGAUGUUAUCCCUAAGCCUGGAGAUGACGAAGUCGAAGCGUUUCACCUAUACACUGUUGAAGAAACCAAGAAGGCAUUGGCAAAUGGGGAGUUCAAGCCCAACUGCGCUGUUGUUUUGAUUGACUUCUUCAUCCGGCGUGGGAUUCUAACGCCAGAAAACGAGCCCGAUUUCCUUGAGAUAAUAACGAAGAUACAUCGUCGUCUACAAUUCCCGACAGCUUCUUAUUUCUCCCAGUGA